AAUGAAGAUUCAAGUCUUGACACUGCACGUGGAGUUGCUCCCAAGAGAGGAAUGGUUCUUCCCUUCACUCCCCUCACCACGUCCUUUGACAGCGUAAAAUACUUUGUGGAUAUGCCACCAGAGAUGAAGGAACAAGGAGUAACCGAAGACAGGCUCCAAUUACUUCGCGAAGUAACCGGUGCAUUUAGGCCCGGUGUCUUGACUGCCCUGAUGGGAGUCAGUGGGGCUGGAAAAACUACACUCAUGGAUGUUCUAGCGGGAAGGAAAACAGGUGGUUACAUCGAAGGUGAUAUCAGAAUUUCUGGAUUCCCCAAGAUUCAAGAAACAUUCGCUAGAAUUUCUGGAUACUGUGAGCAAACCGACAUCCACUCACCACAAGUCACCAUUCGUGAAUCUUUGAUUUACUCAGCUUUUCUUCGACUCCCUAAGGAAGUCAGCAAGGAGGAAAAGAUGGUUUUUGUGGAUGAAGUGAUGGAUCUAGUUGAACUAGACAACCUCAAAGAUGCCAUUGUAGGGCUUCCAGGAGUUACAGGUCUAUCAACAGAACAGAGAAAGAGAUUGACAAUAGCGGUGGAGCUAGUUGCUAAUCCAUCAAUCCUUCCAAAUCUCCCUCUCCAUGCACACCACCCAAGUCUCCUGAUGUUAUUUCCAACCUGCUCAAAAUCUACUAGCUCUAAUUGUGGGGUUAAGAGAAUUUACAUAGCUCCCUGA